UGUCUUCACAUCCCUGCCUCGCUUGGAUGAAUUCUUCAUCCCACACGACUCUGCUUCCACACCAAAAUCAGCCCAUUUGUUUCAAACUUGUCUCAAGGCAAUGGCUACCAUUACCAGUAUCCCAAGCAUUGCACCAAGACAGAGAAUAUGCCUCAAAGCUAUGUCCGGAGCGGUCGUUGCUUCCUUAACGAUCAAUAGAACACGCAAGUUUGCUCAGCAGAACGGAGCCAAUGCAAUGCAGCAUGGCCUCUAUGUAGAAAAGAAAGCAGAUAAUGGACUCUCCAACAACCGUGGGCUCUUUCCUAUUGUGGCUGCAAAGAGAAAUUCAACCUCUUCUCCGGGAUCACUUUCGCCAUCCGACACAAUCAAGGACUUCUACAAGUGCAUCAAUGAGAAAAACUUGAAGCAACUAGGUCACUACAUCUCAACUGAUUGUUGCAUAGAUGAAUGCUCCUUCAGCUCACCAUUACAAGGCAAAAAUGUAAUAAUGAAGUUCUUUAAAGAGCUAACCGAGGCCAUGGGACAGAAUAUAAAGUUCAGCAUACAAAAUGUGUGCGAAGGAAAUGAUCAGCUUACAGCAGCAGUAAACUGGCACAUGGAAUGGAAAGGCAAGCAGAUCCCAUUCACCAGAGGCUGCAGCUUCUUUGAAUCCUCAAAAGAACAAGAAAGAUUCAUUAUCAAGAAAGCACAAAUCAUUAUUGAAUCACCUAUCAAACCAGGACACCUAGUAUUGAGUCUGUUAAAGGCAGUGACCUCCCUAUUUGAUGGUUUCCCAAGAGCUACUGCAUGGUUCCUAAGAAGUCCUCAUAUUGUCUUCCAAUGGAUAUGGAAAAUAUACAAAAUUAUGUUUGCACCCAUCAUAGAAGGCUACAUAGGACUCUGGAACAUCGCAAUUCAAUUUCUCAGCUAUGCAUACAACAUUUUGCUUUACAUUUCAAACAUGUUCUUCAAGUAGAGAACUUGUCUUUCCAUACAGUCAAGCGAUCCCAGUAAGAAUAUCACCUGUCAGUCAUCAUCAUUGUUGCGACUCCACAAGGCUUCUAACAACGAGAAUACAAGCAGUGGCCCAAGAACAGGUGGAGGGGGCGGA